AUGGGUAGAAAAAAGAAGAAAGGAGAGAGCGGGCUUGCAACCACCUACUACUCACGCAGUCAAGCAAUGAGGAAACUACAGAUAUCAAUGCCUGAAUUCAGGCUCGAAGAGUUUAGGAGAAGAAAUAAGGAAAUUGAAGAGGAUGAGAAUGAGUAUGAGGAAGAUGUGGUGCUUCUUGAGGCUUCUGAAUUGAAUAGAAAAGUGGAUGUGAUUGAGUUGAAGGUGAAUGAAGUGCGUCAUCUUCAAGAUGAAAUUGUCACACAAUCACCAAUUCGAAGUGAAGAUUUGAAAGAGAGACAUGCAAAGCUUCUGGCAGAGAUCAAGGAACUGUCACAAACUGUUCAGAAAGGAUUAAAGCGCUUUCGGGAUGACAUUAAGCGUGAUGAACUGGGCCUUGAAAGAAAUUCAGUUGAACUACGAAUAAAGAAAAGUCAUUUUUUUGCCUUGAACUGUAAACUAAAGGAUAUCAUGUCAGUCUAUAUUCAGCUGGAGGAACAGCACAAAGAAAAGUGCAAGGAUAUGAUAAAAAGACAAUUAAAAAUAGGUAGUAUAACUAUUAUUGUAUGA